AUGUGUAGUCCGCAGGAGCCCAGCAUGAUGGCGGUCGGUGUGAGGAUGGCGACCCGCAGCCGGAGCUGCGCGCGGGGCGCCGGGUCGCGUGGGGGCGGGGAGGAGGCUGUGCCGCUCCGGAGGGGAGAGGCGGCUGCAGAAGGAAGGCAAAGCCACUGCCCUGUGAAGCGCCAGCGAAAGGCACAGAGACUGUGCGUGGCCUACGAGGCUGCAGACGGUGAUGGUGAGGAAGGCAAGGGGGCUGAGCCACUCCAGGCGCCAGGCUGGGAGCCCCAGGAUUGGCGGCGGCAGCUGGCGAACAUCCGCACCAUGAGGAGCAGGAAGGAUGCGCCUGUGGACCAGCUGGGCGCCGAGCACUGCUACGACCCCAGUGCGCCCCCGAAGGUGCGGAGGUACCAGGUGCUGGUCUCGCUGAUGCUGUCCAGCCAGACCAAGGACCAGGUGACGGCAGGGGCCAUGCAGCGGCUGCGGGCGCGGGGCCUGACGGUAGACAGCGUCCUACAGAUGGACGACAGCACACUGGGUGCACUCAUCCACCCCGUAGGCUUCUGGAGGAGCAAGGUGAAGUACAUCAAGCAGACUAGUGCCAUUCUGCAGCAGUGCUACGGCGGGGACAUCCCCUCCUCUGUGGCAGAGCUGGUGGCCCUGCCGGGCGUUGGGCCCAAGAUGGCGCACUUGGCUAUGGCCGUGGCCUGGGGCACCGUGUCGGGCAUCGCGGUGGACACGCAUGUGCACAGAAUCGCCAACCGGCUCAGGUGGACCAGGAAGCAGACGAAAGCCCCGGAGCAGACCCGUGCCGCCCUGGAGGAGUGGCUGCCCAGGGAGUUGUGGGGUGAGAUCAACACACUGCUGGUGGGCUUCGGCCAGCAAACCUGCCUGCCCCUCCACCCACGCUGUCAGACCUGCCUCAACCAGGCACUGUGUCCCGCUGCCCAGGGCCUCUGAGGGCCCAGGGGGCUGGGCCGGCAGGCGGGAAUGCCGGCUUCGGCUGCGUGUAUUACGUGCCUUUCCCUGAGAGCGGCCGUUUGUUUGAUAAAG